UAUAAAGAGAAAUGUGAGGUUGGCAAGUGGAUAUCCUUUCUACUGAUAAUCAGCAUCGGGUUGGCGUAUUGCGAGCCACCGUUGAGUAAUCAGUACGGAUACCCCCCUGUAGAAGGUAACAACCAUUACAGACACCAUGACGGUGGUCACUCCUACGAUGACGGACACAAUAACAAUCAGGACUACGCCGAUAAUUACCCAAAAUCUUACGACUUUGGAUAUGCGGUAAAAGAUGUUGCUACGGGUAAUGAUUUUGGUAGACGGGAGUCAAGUGAUGGUGAAACAGUUCAAGGUGAAUACAGGGUACAACUUCCUGAUGGUAGGACACAGAUUGUGACUUAUACAGCCGACUGGAGAACUGGUUUUCAUGCAGAUGUGAGAUACGAAGGUACCGCGACUUAUCCCGAUACGUAUAACACGCAGAAAAAUGGUUAUAAUUAUAAUAAUAAUAAUAAUCAAGGCUAUGAUUUCCAAGGAAAUGGUAUAAAUAAUGGAUACAACGAAGGUAAUAAUGCUAAUUAUAAUCAUAAUAAUAAUAAUAAUAACUACAGACACGGAGGUAGCAACUACAAUCAAAAUAAUUAUCAAUUAGGCUCGAAUGCACUGGAUAAUAAUUAUAAUUUCGGUGAUAUUACACGAAAUACAUACAAACCGCCUGUUUAUGGGCCACCCGUUGGAUAAUUAUUUAAAUAAUAUCAUUACGAUUGUAUAAAAUUU